AUGAAAGGAACUUGGGUUGCUUCGAAUUUAGCAUAUGGGUUUAUAAACGUUUAUGCUCCAAAUGACCCAUCUCGAAGGAAAACGCUAUGGUCAAAUCUGGAAAGUGUCAUAUGCUCAGACGAUAAUAUUCGAUGGGUGGUGUUCGGAGACUUCAACGCAGUCAGAUCAGCGGACAAGAGAAUUGGGUCCAUAUUUUGCUCUUCCACUGCAUAUCACUUCAAUAAAUUCAUCGCUUCUGCGGGUUUAAUUGAUCUACCUAUCGGUGGCCGCAAGUUCACGUAUAUGAGUCCAGACUACUCCAAACAUAGCAAACUUGACCGCUUCCUAAUCUCGCAUAAUUGCUCUGCUGAUUGGCCGCACCUGACAGUUACGACCCUACCGAGACUACAUUAUGAUCAUUGUCCAUUAAUCCUCUCAUCAUCUGUUAGUGACUUUGGGGCACCCCCAUUCAGAUUCUUCAAUUCCUGGCUACUAGAGGAUGAGCUGGAAGGAGUUGUUAAACAAGGCUGGGUAUGUAACAUAGCUCCAGGAACCUUUGCUUCCUUCUCCCCUAUACAAGUGGUGGCUGGCAAACUAAAAAAUACCAAAGAGAAAAUCAAGGAAUGGAGAAAAUCCAAAAAUGUGAAGGAACAAAAAAGAGUGGAAGAGUUAACAAAGGAAAUCGAUUCAAUCGAUCUUAAUGCAGAAUCGCACUCCCCAGAUGAAUCGAAGCUAGAACUCCGAAAGAAUCUACACAGAGAAUUGAUGGAUCUUGAGGCCAAACGCAUACUCGACCUUAAGCAGAAAUCCCGAUGUAAAUGGGCACUGGAAGGUGAUGAAAACUUUGCUUUUUUCCAUGGUCUGAUCAAUAAAAAUUAUCGAUUUCAAAAAUUAUCUGGCAUCAACAUCAAUGGUUUCUGGACAUCCAAUCCAGAAUCAAUCAAAAAAGACGCGUUUGAAUGCUUCUCCAAAAAGUUCACUGAACAAAUCAGCAUCAGACCCCAAUUCCCCAGCCAAAAAUUCAACAAACUCAGCCCCAUUCAAACUCAAAACUUAGAAGACCCAAUUACAACGGCGGAAAUCAAAGCAGCGGUGUGGCUAUGCGGAAAUGACAGGCCCUGGACCAGAUGGCUUCACCUUUGCUUUCAUUAA